AUGUCUUCUCAACCAUCAAACGCAAUAUUUGCUGAAACACUAGCUCAACCAGCAUAUAACAAAGCUGAUGGACCAACGAAAGUUUCUUACAACUAUGGAAACAGUGAAGGAAAUCAAGUUGAACCCGUAUACAACAGAGGUGAUCGACGCUUGGAAGAAUUUCUUAUUAAAGGAAUCUCGGGCAGAGCUCUGCAGACGUACAAUAGCAUCGAACAUCGAGGAAAUACAGUAGAAGACACUAUCUAUGUCAAAAAUUCUAGGAAAGUUAGACCUAGAGCGUUGAUUACGAAUUUGACCGAAUUUCAAACAAUCUGCAGAGAUUCAGCACUGAAGGAGAACAUCAGUCAAAUGAUCAGCAAUAUCAACGAUGUUAUGAAUCCUUACGGUGAUACUCGAAUGUUUGUCUGUCGUGGUGGAAGUGAUGAAUCAAACCUCGAAUUUGUCUGUGUUGUCGUACAUUUGUACAUGAGCGAGUAUGGUGCGACAUGUGAUUAUUUCAUUUCAACCUAUUCUUACAAACAGCAAAAAAAAACAAAUGAGCUUCCAAAGAAACCAGAAAACUUGGUAAAGACUAGUAGUAAGAUUUGGAAUUAUAUUUUAAGUUUCUUUUAUUGGAAGCCUGCUCGAACCAUUAAUAACUAUCUCUUAGAAGCGAAUUUCAUAGAUAAGCUUGUAGAAUCAGGUUUCGCGAAAUUAAUAAACAAUGAGCUUAUGAUUACUGAAGACUGA